GUUUUUUACUAACACCGCAGCCAUGUCUCGUCCCAGCGUUACCAUCAUCGGUGCGGACGGCUCUGCCUCCAAGGACACCAUUGCCUUCCCCAAUGUCUUCAAGAGCCCCAUCCGACCGGAUAUCGUGCACAGCACCCACUCCGGCAUGGCCAAGAACCGCCGCCAGCCCUACGCUGUCUCCGAGAAGGCCGGUCACCAGACCUCUGCUGAGUCCUGGGGUACUGGACGUGCCGUUGCACGUAUUCCCCGUGUCUCCGGUGGUGGAACUCACCGUGCUGGUCAGGCCGCUUUCGGUAACAUGUGCCGUUCUGGACGCAUGUUCGCUCCCACCAAGGUCUGGCGCAAGUGGCACCAGAAGAUCAACCUGAACCAGAAGCGUUUCGCUACUGCUUCCGCUCUCGCUGCCUCCACCAGCUCUGCUCUUCUCCUCGCCCGUGGCCACAACAUCUCCACCGUCCCCGAGGUUCCUCUCGUCGUUUCCUCGACUGCCUUCGCUGACGGUGCCAUCGCCAAGACCUCCAAGGCUGUUGCCCUCCUCAAGGCUGUCGGUGCUGGUGCCGACGUUGAGAAGGUCAAGAACACCCGCAAGACCCGUGCUGGUAAGGGCAAGCUCCGUGGCCGCCGCCACAGGCAGCAGCGCGGUCCUCUCGUCGUCUACAACCCCGAUGAGGAUGGCAAGGAGCUCGUCACUGCUUUCCGCAACAUCCCCGGUGUUGAGACCUCUUCCGUGUACUCCUUGAACCUCCUUCAGUUGGCUCCUGGUGGUCACCUCGGACGCUUCAUCGUCUGGACCUCCUCCGCUUUCUCUGCCCUCGACAAGGUCUACGGAUCUACCACCGAGGCCUCUGCUCUCAAGAAGGACUUCCUCCUCCCCAGCGCCAUCAUGAAGCAGCCCGAUCUCAGCAAGAUCAUCAACUCCUCCGAAGUCCAGAACGUUCUCCGACCUGUCCGCGGCAGCGCCAUCUCCAAGCGCACCGUCGUCCAGAAGAAGAACCCUCUCAAGAACUUCCAGGUCCAACUCCGCCUCAACCCCUACGCCGCCGCUUUCUCCAAGAACCAGCUCGGACAGGCCAAGGUUGAGCAGGACAAGAGCGAGAGGGCCGGUGAGAAGUUCGAUGAGCUCCUUCACACCAACUAAAGCGUUGGUUUGUUUUCGGCUCUUCGGUUUCUCAAAAAUUUUUAACUAGCAAAUGGAUGGUUAGGCAAUGACAAGUAUUUUCUGGGCGGGCUGGCUAGCAGGCUCAUGAAAUUCAAAAUAUCCCAAAUGAGGAAUGAAUGAUAUCUUCCCCUUUAAUGUUCACAUCUCUUGCGCCCUCUUUACUCAUA